AUGGAGAUUCCUACCACUAAAAAUCAGGCUUUUUUUUUCAAGCAUGGAUGGAUGCUUUUGUGCUUUGCAACUCUUUGGAGUCCCUAUCUCACUUUACGUGAUUGCGGGUUUCCCGCCAUAUUUAACUUUGGCGACUCUAAUUCAGACAUUGGUGUGUUUUCUGCUGCAUACUAUCCCAUUACUUCACCAUAUGGCGAGACCUAUUUUGGCAAGCCUUCGGGAAGAGCCUCUGAUGGACGACUCAUAAUUGAUUUUCUGGUUGGAGCAUCCACAAUCAAACCACUUGGAAGAAUUCUAAAACGCUUUUUUAACCUAUGUCCACUAUACCUGGAUAUUGAGUUAACACAGUUCUUUGAAUUCAUACCUAGAUCGCAGACUAUUAGGAAGCAAGGAGGUAUGUUUGCAGAGUUGAUGCUCUCGAAUGAGUCUUUUUCCCGAGCCUUAUACACAAUCGAUAUGAGCCAAAAUGACUUCGGUAAUGGAUUCACUGACACCACUAUAGAGGAAGUUAAUGCAACAGUGCCUGAUUUAGCCAAAUUGAUAUCCAAACAUAUUCAGGGACUGUACAAUUUGGGUGCUUGCUCAUUUUGGAUCCAUAACGCAGCUCCAAUUGAUUGCCUUGCAUAUAUUUUGUCGCAUGCAAAACUAAAGCGACACGAAAUUGAUCGUGCCGGCUGUGGAAUACCUUCCAACGACGUUGUUCAAUAUUACAAUCAAAAGCUGAAGGAGGAAGUUGUUGCUCUCAGAGAAGGAUUACCUGAUGUUUUUAUCACUUAUGUGGACAUCUACUCAAUCAAGUACUCAUUCUUUAGGUGGCCAAGAAAGUAUGCUCCAAUUGAUUGCCUUGCAUAUAUUUUGUCGCAUGCAAAACUAAAGCGACACGAAAUUGAUCGUGCCGGCUGUGGAAUACCUUCCAACGACGUUGUUCAAUAUUACAAUCAAAAGCUGAAGGAGGAAGUUGUUGCUCUCAGAGAAGGAUUACCUGAUGUUUUUAUCACUUAUGUGGACAUCUACUCAAUCAAGUACUCAUUCUUUAGGUGGCCAAGAAAGUAUGGCUAUCCAAGUCAUGUAAAUUCACUAGUUGAAUAG